AUGACCACCGCAGAUCUUAUGGCUGGCAACCCCUUCCCCGAAGAGACUCUGCCCCAUGAAGACUACCAGCUCACCAUUCGUGCCAUCGUCGUUGGUACCGCACUCGGUAUGGUCAUUGGUGCAAGCAACGUCUAUCUCGGUCUCAAGACCGGUUUCACCUUCUCCGGCUCCCUGUUCGGCGGUAUCCUCGGCUUCGGUGUCAUCGCCCUCAUGGCCAAGACUUUGCCCACCUACCUCGGUGGUGGCUCUUUCGGCCCCAAGGAGAACGUGUGCGUGCAAUCAGCCGCCACCGCCUCCUCUGGUCUCUCGUCCAUGUUCGUUGCUGCCGUCCCUGCCAUGUACCGUCUUGGCUUGCUCACCACGCCGACUGGUGACUUUGGCCGUCUCAUCACCUUCUCGGCUGUCUCUGCUUUCUACGGAUGCUUCUUCGCCAUCCCCCUGCGCAAGUUCUACAUCCUGAAGCAGAAGCUGAUCUUCCCUUCGCCUACCGCCACCGCCAUCACCAUCCGAUCCCUUCACUCCAUCGGUGGUGCCAAGGUUGCCAUGAACAAGGUCAAGGUCCUCGUCAUCACCUUCUUCUCUGCCAUGACCUGGACCACGGUCAACCAGUACGCCUCCGGCAUCCUUCUGGACUGGCACGUCUUCUACUGGCUCCACACCUGGGGUUGGCGCCGCGCCCUCGCCGUAGAGAACUGGGGCUGGUACUGGGAAUGGACGCCUGCUUACGUUGGCGCUGGUAUGCUCGCCGGAACCAACGCAUCCCUCAGCUUCCUCCUCGGUGCUUUCAUGGCAUGGGGCAUUAUCGGACCUUCUCUCAUCGCGACCGGUGAAGCAAAGGGCAGGAUCCUCGAGGAAAUGUCGCCCAUGAACGCUUACUCGUUCACCUCCAUGAGCUACAAGCCUUCUACGAUGGACAUCAAGGAUGCGUCUCCUCGCUACUGGCUGCUUUGGCCCGGUGUCAUGAUCAUGUUGAUGGUCUCGCUUACCGAAAUCGCCUGCAACGCUCCCACAAUCUACCGUGGCUUCCGCAACGCUUACCUCUCCACCAUGGACUCUAUCCGCCGCCGUCCCGUUCGCAAGUUCGAAGGCGAGAUCGAGGACCCUGCACCCGACAGUGAGCAAGUCAAGUGGUACUACUGGGCCGCCGGCAUCGUCGCCUCCAUCAUCUUCACCGUCAUCGUUUGCAACCUGCAAUUCGACAUGAACCCAGGCACUUGCAUUCUCGCCAUCAUCCUCGCCUUCAUCUUCUCCUUCAUUGGCUGCCAAUGCAGUGGUACGACGGACACUAACCCCCUCACUGCCGUUGCCAAGGCUUCUCAGCUCAUCCUCGGUGGUGUCUCCAAGGCUCAAGGUCUUGAGGUCCAAAAGGCUCAACUUGAAAACUUGAUCGGUGGUUCCAUUGCCUCAUCUGCUGCUGCGCACGCCGUCGACAUGAUCGGUGAUCUCAAGACUGGACACUGGCUGCGCGCGAGCCCCAAGGCUCAGUUCUGGGCCCAGCUGCUGGGUUCCAUCCCAGCCAUUCCUCUGUCGGUCGGUCUCUUUGUCCUCUUCAGCAAGGCGUACCCAUGCAUCAACGACGCCAACAUCGAUGAGUGCGCCUUUAGCGUUCCCUCCGUUGCAGCCUGGCAAGCAGUUGCAGUCGCCGUCACCGCCGACAAGCUGCCCGUCAGCUUGUCUUCCGGUCUCACCGCCAUCUUCCUUGGAUCCUUCUUCUCCCUCACCGUUGUCGCCAAGUACUUCUGGAUCCCCGCCAAGUACCACGGCUACGUCCCCAACGCCAACGCAAUUGGUUUGUCGUUUGUCAUUCCUCAGAUCUAUGUGCCUCUGGCCAUGGCUGCUGGUGCCGUCUUCCUCGACUUCUGGCGACGACGCAGUGCGAGGACUGCCGACCUGUACGGUUACUCCGUUGCUGCUGGUCUCGUUGCCGGUGAGGGUAUCGCCGGUGUCAUCAACGCUGCUCUCACCAUUGGUGGCGUCGACGGCUCGGUCUACGGUAGCGCCGUUGGUGUUCCUCCCUGGUAG